CUACUACUCCAAUAUCUUGCCCAUACCAUAAUAGUCCCCAAAAAACCACUGAUAGCCAAUAACAAUGGCCUCAAAUCCUACUAAUAGCGUCCAAAAAAGUAGUAUCAUCACCCAUUCCUAUCCAACUACCAUAUUCCGAUGGGCCCCAGUCCGCCGGAAAAUAUCAUUACGGAAAAAGAGGUUACCGACGGUGCGAUUAGGAGGCGGAAAGAGCAACAACACUCGCCGAGGAUUCUCAGUCGUGAAGCUUUUCCGGCGAGUCCGAUUGAGGUGGCUGAAGUUAAAGUACGCGUGUUUGCUUAAAAAACUGAAAGAAUAUUAUCAGUCUGUAGUGAAAGAUAUAAUGGAAAAUGGAGGAACACUGGAUGCGUUCCAGCAACGUUUAUUAUUGGAGACUUCUUUUGCGGUUCCAGUGAUGGGCCUUUCUUUCAAUACUUUUCCAAAUCACUAUGGCACGUAAUUGAGAGCAGCACGACCGAUCAACGACGUUAAACAAAAUCUUUUUGGAAAAUGAAGCUCUUCCGAUCUGUGUGUGCAGAUUUGUAUCCUUUUCCUAAGAUCUGACCAAGCUCAUGCAUAUUGCCAACUCCGGGAAGUUGUCAACAAUAUCUCUAUUUUGUACUAUUGCAGUCUACAGACAAGAUUUUGUAUUUAUAAAGACAGCCGAAUCAUAGAAAAUCAUCCGAGUAUAAAUAAAAUAUGUUAAAACGGGGAAGCAAAUGGAAUAAUUCCUUGGAGAGGUUGCUUCGCCAGAGAGAAACAACGAAUUAGAGAUGUAUAAUUUGUUAUUGAAGCAAGUAUAGCUUAGAGCUUAGAGAGAUCA